AUGUUGUCCAAUUUAUGUAUAAUGACUUUUGACAGAUGACUUAUUAUCCAAUCGGAAGCUUCAUGUCUUCUAUUUUUUUGUACUGAAGCUUUCGAUUGGAUAACGGUGUCCCUCUGUCCUUCCGACGUUAAGGAGCAUGCAUGGCUGUGCAAUGCACAGUGUGCAUUGGUGUGCAUGUUGUACACAUGGCUCGACAUGGCUGUUGAUCGUAGCUGAUGUUAUUUGGUUAUUGGUUAUUAAAAGCAGUUGAGUUGGGAUUCAAAAGAUUUAUGUAAUAGAGGAGAGUGCUAUAACAAUGUUCGGGGUAUGAACCAUUCCGUCAGUUUUUCCAUCAAACUUUUAUUUACUUGUCCUAUUUGUAUUCAGCAGCAAUGUCACAAGUGCCCACAUAUUUCAUUUUCAUUUCAGAGAGCUAAGUGGGCAGCACGAACGUAUACUGAGUGCAAGAAAUGGUCACUAUGUAUAAACUCGUAUCGUAGGUAUGGAAUUUAUGAGCCGGAUUACUUGGAGGCUAUGAAAUCUAAAAUACCAUUGUAUAAUACUCUUAAUAUCCAGAUGAGAGGUUAUGACUUCCCUGUUUUGGAAAAUUAUCAGAGGUUCAUUCAUAAAAUUGCCAAUUGCUUGGAUAUAGAUGUGGAAGAUGGUUGGGCAACUCCAGGACAAAAAUUGAAAGUUCAAAGAUUCAAGCCUCAAAGUACUGUUGUGGAUUCAGAAUACCAUUUGACAAUAUAUGAAAGAAAUAUUCAGGUGACUGAUUUGGAAAGUACAGCAUUGCCUUUGCUUUUGCAAUGUGUGGCAGGUAGUUUGCCUGAAGGAGUAAAAUUAAAGAUCCAUGAACAUCAACCUGAACAUGAGGAAACAAGAUAUGUUCCAGAUCAUGAGCUCUUAACAUUAAAAAGCGAAUUGGAAUCAAUGACUGUAAAGAAAAAGUAAUACUUCAAAGACUCCAAGUAUCAUUGGAAUAAUGACGAAACAAAAACGAAGUGCAAAUACAGUUGUGUUAACUAGAACUAUAAUUGCAAUUUCCAUUUAGUAGCUUCAGGAAGCAAACAAAGUAAUGUAUAUAAAUAGAUUAGAUGUAAAUAUUUCAAAAGGAUAUUAAAAUAAUGAAUUUGUGUUAC